AUGUGGAGAGUAGAGACAUGCUCGAAUGAGCCUUACCCUAGAUGUGCACAUCAAUGUGAUGUUGUUGGCGACUAUGUAUAUAUGUUUGGAGGAUGGACUGAUGAGAACCAGAUGCUUAACGAUCUACACAGGUUCAAUAUAGAUACUUGGGAAUGGGAGGAGAUUAGACCACAGGAACAGAAUCAACCGAUCAUUGCGAGGAAUGGACAUACACUUACAACUUAUAAUAAGAUGUUGGUGUUGUUUGGUGGAGGAUCAUUCGCUGGAUUCUUGAAUGAUGUUGCAACGUUUGAUACAGAGACACAGAGAUGGAUACAUCAGAAUACAGAGGGCGCCAUUCCAUCAGGCCGUUCAAAGCACUCGGCAUCAAUAGUGGGCACGUACUUGUAUGUGUUUGGAGGAGGCGAUGGUGUAAGACUGCACAAUGAUCUAUAUUGUCUUGAUCUUGGUACGAUGCACUGGGCGUUGGUCGAGGCCAAAGGACAAGCACCAUCACCGCGCUGGGGUCACACAAUGGUUGCGCUCGACUCCAAGCGAUUGCUAAUCUUUGGAGGUCACUCAGGAACAAGGCGAUUGAAUGACUUGCACAUGUUUGAUAUUGAGACGAAUCAAUGGUCUCAGCCACAGAUAAUGUCGGAGCCUGCGGAGACACCUCAGCCACGUGCUGGACACACGGCAUCAAUGAUUGGACCGUACAUGGUUGUGUUUGGUGGAGGCGAUGGACAUAUAUUGGAUGACUUUGUUGGACUGGACACGAGGACAUGGCGAUGGUGGAAAAUAAUGCCCGAUACACCAGGCGGACGAUGUGCACAUUCAAGCAGUGUGAUCAAAGAUAAGCUGGUGAUAUUCGGUGGUGGAAAUGGUCUACAUUGCAUUAGGAAGAUGGUAGUGUUCUCAAACAUUGAUAACAUUGAUUCAUUAUAUCAACAAUCAAGACUUAAAGGUGGCAAUCAUUAUAUUGAUAACAACAAUAAUAGCAACGAUAGUAACAACAACAACAAUAAUAACAACAAUAAUAAUAGUGGAACACCAAACAAAAAGGUAGUAACAACUCCAAAGAAGUUGGUAAAGGCUGAUGUCAACGAGUCCUUGCUAUCAUCAACAAUUGAAUCACUGGCAAAGAAGGUACAGGAUAUCAACAGUCGUCCUGCCAAUCACAAUGAACCCCAACAACCGCCACAGCCACAGCAGCCGCAGCCACAGCAACAGCCACAGUCACAUCCACAACCAAAAAUACUGGCGACAAACAUUGACAAACUACAAGAUAGUUGUCUCACUGAUCGAGAGAGAAGAGACAUCAAAUCAUUCUUGACAAACAUUGGAAUGAACAAGUUUAUUAAUAGGUUCAUUGAGGAGGAGAUUGAUACGACUGUAUUACACAUGCUCAAUGAGGAUCAUUUGAAGCAGUUGGGUAUCACUCUACUUGGUGACAGAUUGGCAAUAAUCAAGGGUAUCCGAGAAUCAUCACUUUACAUCUUCAAAGGCUUACCUCCACUCCCAAUAGACAUCGAUCCCAACUUCAAGAUGGUGGACGACAAGAUAGACUUG